UUCUGAGCUCCUCACAGCGGAAAGAAGGUUCGCUGUUGUCGCUGUUGCGCUGUGCUCUGCCCAAUCCUGAGCUCGUGCCUGACAUUUUACAACAACAACCACACGUUCUCGGAUUUGGUAUAUUUGCUGAUACGCGAGAUGUUGUCCCGUUGAAAUGGCAUAUCCAGUUUACCCAGAGCUAUUUUCCAUCACCCUGAACGACAGUUGUCUCCAAGAUGUAUGGAAUACGAACCCGUCACAAAGACCCCUGAUCGAAGUGGUCAAGCCCGGAAGUUAUGUUGAAGGGGUGCUGCGAGUAACGGUCUCUGAAUUACUACGAUGCAAUGGGAUAUUUCUGUCUGCUCGAGGACUCCUUUGUGUUUUUGACGGGUUUGCAGGCUCAGAAAAAGUGUACAGACUUAUGAAUGAAAGUUUUCAAAAAGCCCAAGAAAGUCUGAGUAGCAAUGAGCACCAUGAGGAAAGAGACCUAAUGAUUUUGCCAAAACUUCAGCUGUUAGAUUGUAGAACUCAAGGGUUUCUAGCUCCAGGAGAGCAUCAGCUUCCAUUCAGAUUUGAAGUCCCUGCUUCUUUGCCCUCCUCCUUCAAGGGAGGUCAUGGCUUCAUCACGUACUGGAUAGAGGCCUCCAUUGACCAGAGGCCAUAUGGAGCUGACAUCACAUGUCGGAAGGAUUUCCAGAUACAUGGCUUGUUUGACUUGAAUCAAUCAGAAUCUGCCUUGGCCCCGUAUGAGGAAGUUUGUGAAGACUCCAACUGUUGUUUAUGCUGCAAAAAUGGAUAUUACAGUUUUAAGAUUACCUUACCGAAGAAAGGGUUUGAAAGGAGAGAAACAGUCAGACCAGUUAUUGAAAUGACAAAUUACACACCAUCCAAUGUCGUUGCUGAUAUUAAGCUCACUAAGACUAUUGAAUAUGAAGUUGGGGGACAUACAUGGGAGGAGGCCACAGAGAAACUGUCGUUUGCGUCCUUCAAGUUGGAGCCAGGAGUAGAUGAUGUCUGGAGACCAGAGUUGCAGCUUGGAGACCAGCUUCUGCCAUCAAGAAUAUUGCCUUCCCUGAAUACAUGUAUCAAGAUCGUAUAUAAACUGCGUUUGCAAGCUGAAGUCUCUGGCUGUAAUUGUGAUGAAAUCAAUACAUCAACAGAGAUUUUGAUUGGUGACAUGGGCAUGCCAUUUGUCGGAGGACCUCUACCAGUGAUGACACAACCACAAACUUAUAUCUACGAGCAAGUUGACUUAACAGCAGGAGCUGGUGGUGGACCAGAACGCCGGCCUUUACUGCCUGCUGGCUAUCCUCAGAAGGGAGGGAUCCCUCAGACUGGCUACUAUCAGGGCUACUCAGGUGGUCCAGGACCUCCCAUAAUCCAUCAGCCAGCUGCUCCCAGUGCUCCACCUGGUGGCGAUGUACCACCACCUCCGAGCUACUCUGAAUGUAUCCAGAUGUCCGUACUGUCUGGACCUGGGGACCCAUCAGCUCCUCCUGCUGGUCAUCCUGCAGGAUUCCCGCAGGCUGCAGCUUCUCCGUACUCUCCUCCAUCACAGAGCUACGUGUAUCACCAACCAGAGCAGGAGAAAUACUCAUGAUCAAGUGCAACAUACAUCAUGGAUUUAUCUUGACCUGAUCCCAGGCCUGGUAUAUAGCCCUACAUCUUCAGCAAUAUUCAGAAAAAAAUCACAAAAUGGAAUAAUAACAUUUCAAGUCAUGUUCAUACAUUCUGCCCAAAAGAAGCUAAACAGCAUCCAGUUUGUUUAUGUGACUAUAGUCAAUCUGUUACGGAACACAGCCUUCCAGUUGUAAGUGGUCUUUAUCUUAUUUGGAGUAAUAUCAUAUGAGAUGUCCUAGAUUGGUGGGAUCAAGUUGUCUAUCACUGAUAUCAAGGAAGAGGAAGUAACAUUAACGCCAAGUUUUACAUUCGUGCAUAUAAAUGGAUGGAUGCAAUUUUAAAGACCCCCUAUUCUAAGGAUAUAGUAACUACCUCCACUGGACUGAUAGGUGAAAAUAGGCUUCUAGGUACUUGUUACAAGUUCCAGUAGCGGGUUUCCAGUGGGAGAGUUCUUUGUAGAGCGUCACUAAUUAGUGGUAUGUACUUCAUUUAGGACUUGUGAGUCACCUCCCUUGGCCAUUGCCAUGUGUAGUUCCUACUCCUCCAUGAAAGCCUUGUUGUGUUCAGUCAGAGAUAUGUCACUAACGGAGCAGCCUUUCUUACCUUUGUAUUGUACAGGAAUUCUAAAAUCCAAAAUACCUUUGUUGCAUCGAAAUAAUUUCUUUAUAUUGUCAAUUGAAGGGAUACAUUCGAAAUGUGAAACCAGUGAUGACUCAGAACAGAUCACACCACAAAUCCCUACUAUCAGAUGGCGGCAAGUCUCGAGACAUAUCCUGUGCUAUUGGUCGAGAAAUAGGACUACUCAUGAUAGGAAAUACUUGAUUCAGUCAUGUCUUCCUGUAUGAUGUAUGGACAGCAUUAGAACGAUUGGUUCCAGUAACCUGACUCGCCACGAAUAGCUGGAAAAUUGCUGAUAUGGCAUAAAGCAAUAUUCAUUCAUUCAAAUGACUUGAAGUUGGCUCAUUUUCCUUGACUAUCUGCCUUAAUCUGUUCAGAAGCUCUCUCUGGGCCCUGUUCCUCAAAGCGAUCGUAGCAUUUUGACUGUCAUAAGUCUAUGUUAAAGUAUGGAAUUACGGUCAUCUUAGGGUUACGAUCGUGUUGGGGGCCCUGCUCUGUGAGUUACUGAUACAUGCCAACCUUUGUAUCUGAUGAGUUAAACUGACAAGUCAUCAAGGAACUGUUUGUAACGAUAGAGCGUUGUUAUGUCAAGAUGUGAUAACUGAGUUCCAGUCUGACUGGCUGUCAAUUGGUCUUUGGUGUGUCAAAUGUUGGGUUCAGAUGAACAGUUUCAUCUGAGUGUGGCACUCAGUAACACCUCAGUCGCCAAGCUCUGAUUUCCAUUAUUCAGGUACUGGUGAGUCAUAUAUUCAAGUCUUUCAAUCAUUUUGAUAAAAUACUGUUUUUUACUGUGUAUUGUUUUCAUCAUGUGUUCAAUGAUAUCUUUUUGUAUGUUUACAUCUCUGAUUCACAGACAGAUAUUUCAACAUUGUGUGGAUUGUUUCCAAGCCUUGUUUAUGAUAAUGACUUGUUUAUGAUAAUGACUUGUUUAUGAUGAUUUGUUUAUGAUAAUGACUUGUUAAUGAUAAUGACUUGUUUAUGAUAAUGACUUGUUUAUGAUAAUGACUGUGUCAUCCUGUUGCCAUGUUCCUAUAUCUCAGUUUGUUUUUCAAAUUUUAUAUUUUAAGCACCUUGACCUCUAUUUUGUGUGGUGGCACAUAUAUUGCGGCACCACAGUAGAUUUGUAUUAUUAUAUCUAUGGAUGGAACAAUUGUUGAAACCUUUGUUGAUGUCAUUAGGGGCGGUGGGGUAGUUUAAUGGUUAAACAGUGUAUGAAAUAAGCCAAACAUCCAACCAGACAUCCAGCCAGACAUCAGGCCUGGUAACUUCAAAAUGUUACCAGCCCAAAAUAAAUUUAACCAGACCAAAUAUGGUGAAUUUUACUCAGAUGUAUAGAACAUCUAAAUAUUUUACCAGACCAUCGGGCUGGCCAGCUGUAAAUUUAGGCCGUCCGUCAGAAAUCUAGACAGUCUCGGGCUUUACUUCAUACACUGGGUUAAAGUGUCCGCUCAUCACGCCGAAGACCUGGGUUUGAUUCCCCACAUGAGUGCAGUGUGUGAAACCAAUUCCUGGUGUCCCCCUCCGUGAUACUGCUGGAAUAUUGCUUAAAGCAGCAUAAAACCUCACUCACUCACUCACUUCCUCACUCACUCACUCACUCACAUCAAUGCUACAAUACAGAUGAUGUCGCUGGAUGUAAAAUACUAUAGGAAUAUAGACAUUACCCUGCAUCUGAAAUACAAUAAGACUAUUUAUUGGAGGUCUUUCCUAAUGCCUGGGGUGAUGUGGUGUUUGUAGCCAGUAGGAUGGUCACAGUACUUACAAGCUGUCACACUACCACUGCAGGUGUGCCCCUAUUUAAACAUGAGGCAGUGGUGUUUUUAGAUAUUGCAAUAUUGUUGCAGCAGAAACAAGACAUGUUUACAUGAUACACAAGACCUGGAGGACAGGCUUCUUCAUACCUGGGUGAACCAAGCAAAUACACAGUCAGUGCUUAAUUGUUUCACUUGUGACACGAUUUAGAAUUUGCACUUCUCGGUUUGUGUAUCAGCAACCAACUUUAUGAUCUUGUGUGUUCCGGUAUAUUCAUCUGUCAUUGUUUCACUUGUAGCUUGGUGGAAGAUUUGCACUUUAUUAUUAUGUCUUAACAACCAUAUAUUUCAUUCUGUAUGUUUACUGUACCAUACACUGCUGUGAAUCCUGUACACGGACGUACCACACUGAUCUGAUUGUUUGUGUCUGUAUGUUGUGGUCUGGUCACUGAUCCUCAAUGCUCCCAGAGGUCUGUAUGUUGUUGGGUUUCUGUUACUUCAGUUUGAAAUGUGGUAAGUGUAACUAGUUUAGCGUAUUUUGUACAUAGGUGGACUUCUAUUACCAAACAGUUCAAGGAAAUGUUUACACUCCAACCAUUAGGAGUAGCCACUAUGUUUUCUGAUUUGCAAACAAAUAAGUGUUUGUGAUAUUAAUCAUAUUUUUAUGUGACAUUGGACAAGAUAUAUUGCAUUUAAGAUAUGAAAGAACAGGCCUUUGUUGUCUGUAUGGCUUGAUUUUACACAUUUAUUAUGUGUGUAUUUACUGGAAAAGAACAUUUUAGCUUCCAGAUUGGAAACCAUUUGAAUCUUCUUGUAAGCCAAGUUGUUUUGAGAUGACCUUUGUUGUAUGAAUGUGUCUGAGGUGUGUAAGACAUGGUAACAGAAUGCAAGCUUUUUUAUGUUUUUUACAAGAAUACUCAUAUUAUUUGAGAAUCUCAUCAUGUGGAAUAUUGCUAGAUAAGCAAGUCCUCCAUGGAGUGUUGUAGAUGGCAUGUCUUAGUUAAUAUGACUGUUAGGAUAUAGAGGUUAGUAGCUAAAUGUUGUGUAUCACCAAUAUAACUGCUUAUCACUAGCUUAAGAGAGCCUUUGGCGAGUAAGUUAAUUUGGUUUCAUUCCCAGUGUGUCAUAUUUUGGACAGCAAAACACGCAAGGGAAAUAAUCUGUUUUUCAUUAAACACAAUCAUGCUUAAAAUAUUCAGUGUUCAUGAAGUUAUUUCACUAAAUGUAGUAAGUUUAGAAAGCACAUACAGGUACAAUCUUUGACUGAGAUAUAUGAUUGUUGUAUGAGGGUGCUUACAACUGCUUAAUAUUAGUUGUAGGUUGUAGAAAACAUUCUUUGAGCAGUGAAAUAGAUAUCAUGAAAUUUUGGAUUGGUGGUAUAUUAUGAGAGAUGGGGGCAGGGGGUGUGAUUGGUCUUUGGACUCUAUCACAUAUUUCUUCCUACAUAAGCCUUCCACAAAAAGAUUAAACUGUAAUACAACUGAAAGUGGUGCUAAUCCCAACUCAUUCCUUAAUUUAUCCUCCAAAUAUGUGUUUUUGGAAGGCAGUGUUUACUCACUACAACUAGGCGGGUUGCCUAAAUAGGACAUUGUAAAUACUCAUAUGAUGGUUUGUGUUUGAGAUCAAGGUGUUUUUACUAAGAUAGUGACAUGUUUAAUAAUUGCUCAUGUGAUAAACGAGAAAACAGAGGAUGUCCUUAGGCACCCAUAACACAAGGAUACUUUAUAUUCUGUUGUCAAAAGUAGAUUUGUGAUGUUCCUGUCAUGGUGCAAUAACAGUUUGUCAUUUUGGGGUAUCUGAUCUUACUGAUGGGUGCAGCAUGCUGAUUCUAAAUGUUGAAUGUUAGACAUAUUAACAUGUAUUCAUCAAAAUGUGAAUAAAAAUAAAUAUCUGAAGUUAACCAUA